GGUCAUUUACUCCUGAGGGACGUUUAUCUCAUUAUUCUGUCCUUGUUGGGAAUAAACUGUAUUUUUUUGGCGGAUAUGUUGAUAAUGCUAAAUCAUGUACAAAUCAAGUAUUUUAUCUCGACUUAUCUCAGUCAUUUAAUUUAGCUGUUCCACCUUGGGUUUCCCUUACGCAAAAUGCCGGAAUACCAUUCAAAAGUUGCUGGGGAACUACAUUAUUGAAUGAUAAGGAACAAACUAUUAAUUUAUUCGGUGGAAUGAUGUAUAAUGAUCUAUAUCAAGAUGCAUUUGUAUCAAAUGUUCAUUCAUUUAAUUUAAAUUCUUUAUCUUGGAAUGUACCUAAUGUCAAAGGUACUCCACCAGAAAGACGCAGAAAUAUAAAUGGGGUUAUUGAUAAUACCGGAAAAAUAUAUAUUUUUGGUGGAAAUGCUGAUAAGUUUUUAGGUUCACAAACAAUUAUACGUUACAAUGAUAUGGUCAUCCUAAAUACAGCUGAAUUAUCAUGGGUAAUCAUUCCAGCUAGUAAGCCGUAUGCGCAAAGUUUAUAUACUGCAACAAUGUUAUCUAAUGGAGUUAUUGUAUAUAUUGGUGGUCUUGAAGACACUGCAACAACAAUAGUUGACAUUAAAAACAUUAACCUUUUUGAUACAAAUAACUUAACUUGGUCAGUAAAAAUUGCAACAGCUUCAAAUAUAAUUCAAAAUCGUUAUAAACAAACUGCA